AUGAUAGAAAAACCAAAAAUAUUACUAAUUCCUUGUAUUAAAGUGAUUAGUCAAAUAUAUCUAUAUGGUAAUCUGUUAGAAUAUAAAAAAUGGGAUCAUGAUAAUUUUGUAUUAUAUAUAAAACUACUAAAAGAAUAUAUAGAUAAUAAUUUUUUAGGAAUAAAAGAUUGGAUUGAAUUUUCUAUGGGCCAGGACUUUAUAUUAAAUAAAAACAGUGAUAUUAUAAACUCAGAUAUCAUAGAUAAAAGUCGAGAAUUCUGGUUACUUAAGAAAAGGGUACUUGGAACUCAGAAAUUACGACAACUUUAUAAUUUUUCAUUUGAAAAUAUCCCAUUAUAUUGGAAUAGUCUAAUUUCUUCUAUAUUACUUGACAUACAAUCUUUUAGAAAAAAAAAUAAUAUAAAUGAAGAAAUAAGUUUUAAAGAGAAUAAUUUUAAUGAUGUAUAUGAUUAUAUUAAUUUUGAUUGUAUAAAAUUUAAGAAUGGAAAUAAUAAAGAUAAUGAUUUAUAUGGAGAUACAUUUCAAGUAAAUUUUGGUGUAUUUUCCAUAUUUUUAAUAUUUCAAUUUAUACUUUUAUCAGUGGAUAUAUCAGAUUUAUUAUGUUUUGAUUCAGUUAUUUUAAUUCAAAAAUUUAUUAAAGAUAAUAUAUCUACACUUGAGUAUAUACUUAAUGAAUAUAAAAAUAAAGAAUAUAUAAUAAAAUAUUUUUUUAGGUGUAUUUCUAGAAAUAUUCAAGAAGAGGAACAAAAUAUUAUAUAUAGAAAUUUAGGUAAUUUACAAUCAGUAUUUAAUUAUAGAAUUGUGGAUAUGAAUGAAGAAAAUUUAGAAUUAGCUAUAUAUAUACCAACUGAAAAUAAUCCAAUGUUUAAAUACAGAUAUUUGAAGGAUUUUUAUUGUAUAAUUAAUAAUAUGGAUAGAAAUAUUUAUUUAGAUGAAUAUGUAUAUUGUUAUAAUGAACAUAAUGAUAAAAAAAGUAAAAUAAUAAACGAUUCUAAUAUAAAAAAUUUGAUAAUUAGGGGAUGUUCUAAAAUAAAAAUAUAUAUUUCAAGACCUUUGGAAAUGUUACAUAUUAUAGAUUCAACUGAAUGCUAUAUUUAUUCAACAAAUAUUAUUGGAUAUAUUUCUUUGGUAAAUAAUCAAAAUAUAACAAUGCAUAUUGAUUGUAUGUAUUUGAAAAUGUAUCAAUGUAGUAAUAUUUCAAUAUUUAUUCAUAUUCAAUUCUCUCCUAUAAUUUUAAAUUGUUUUAAUAUACUUAUUGGACCAUAUAAUAUAUAUACAGAAUUUAAACAAACUUCUUAUGAAAUUUCAUAUGAAAUGAAGUGUCUAAGUAAUGCAUGGAUGAAACCUUUUAUAAAAGAGUCAAAUAUAUAUAAUAAUAUAUCAACAGGAGUAAAAUUUAUAGAUCCAGAAGAUUUCUUUAUAGUUCAUUUAAAAUUCAAGGAUAGACAAAAUAUAAAGAAUAAGAAAAUAUUUUUACCUGAAAAUUACUAUUUAAAUAUUAUUCAAAGAAAACAUAAUUUAAAUAUUAUUAGAACUCAAGAUAAAUCUGAUAAAGAAAUGCUAAUUAAUAACUUUGUAAAGUGGCUUAAAAAUAAAGAAUUGGAUAUUUUUGAUAAUAGUGAUAUAUACUAA